UAAAAAACAUGUAAUCGUAUUUAUUUUCCUUCCGUUUAGUCAGAGGCGCUGAUGUCGGCACUGUGAUUGGUGGAACAUGACUUUUGACAAAUCCUGCGCUAUCUGUGAAUCUGUAAUCUGUGUUCGUGUUCGUUCGUUCGUUGUCGUUCACUUAUUUUAUAUGGUCGGUUAUGUGAUGUGUUUGGUGUUUGUGUUUAGUUUGUGUUUGUGUCACCAUAAAAAGCUGAUAUUCAGUCGUGUUUUUUGAUAUUUUUGUUAUUUCAUAAUCGAGUACCUUUUUAAAGGUAAGUUUUUCUGAUUGUAGGUACUAUUUAUCCAACAGUUUUAAAAUACACAUUUUAUUUCGCGUUUUGUUGUUGGGUCUAAUGGCCGAUCAGCUGUUGUGUGCAGCCGAUAAAUUCAACAAGUAAACAUAUAUUUAAUCGAAAUUAAAUACUCAUAUUUCUAUGUAAAAUGUCACAUUAUUGUAUAAAUAAAUAAUUAAGAAACAAAAGUUGUUUGUGUUUUACCUUUAUUGUCCACUUGAAUAAAAUAAUAUUAAAUAUUGGAAGUACCGUAUGGAGGCUAUGGUGUACCUAGCGUGGAGGCUAGAUAACGCUACCCUUCCUAUCCAGUCAACAGCAAGAACGUUUAAAAUUUCACACCUAUCAUGUCGAAGCUACAGACCACUUAUGUGGAGGCCAGAUUUGUAGUAUCCUUCCAAUUUUCCAGGCGCUGAAAUACGUGACAUAUUUUUUGAAGGGUAAGAUCGCAUUCUACCAAAUCACACAACACUUUUUUCUAUGAUUACUACUGGUUGCUGGUCAAGGCCAAACAAACCAAAAACCAACGCAACGGGCCAAGGGCCAAACUCACACACAGAUUUGAUAUUUAAUUUUUCUUUUAAUAAAAUAAUUAUCAGUAUUCUUCAGUAUCAGUCACCUCACAACGUCACAACCACAGUUUUAGUAGUUUUCAGUUUAAGUUUAGUGCUUUAAAACCAAACAAGUUUGCCUACGUAAUGGAUGUUAAGGUAGAAAUUAAGAAAGAAGUCGAGGAGUAUGAAGAUGGAUUGAGUAGUACAGACUUAAAAUAUAUUAUGAAGACUGAGUUACGUACAGAAGUAGAUAUAAUAGAUGUUGAAGAUGUUAAAAAGGAACCAGAAGAAGUUGAUUCAGGUUUUCAUCCAAUCGAAGAUAAAAUGGAAACUGAAAAAACAUCACCAAAACAUUCAUACCACAAAGAGCAACAGAUAAGUCAACAUGGUGAAGAAACCACAUUAAACAAAAGUGUAAAAGUUCAAAUUAGGCAAAAACAUUACAAGUGUGAAAUCUGCCUUAAGACAUUUAAUUACUCAAGUAAUUUAAAAAUGCAUUUACGAAGACACACUGGGGAAAAACCUUAUAAGUGUGUAAUUUGCUUUAAGACAUUUCCUACAAAUUAUGAUUUGAUAACUCAUUUGCGAAGACAUACUGGGGAAAAACCUUAUAAGUGUGAAAUUUGUCAUAAGCAAUUUUCUCAGCAAAGCAACUUGGCAACGCAUAAGAAAGUACACACUGGAGAAAAAUCUUACAAGUGUGAAAUUUGCUUUAAGGCAUUUCUUACAACUGGUAGUUUGAAAAUGCAUUUGCGAACACAUACAGGGGAAAAACCUUACAAGUGUGAAAUUUGCUAUAAGGCAUUUACUAAAGUAGAUCAUUUGAAAGUGCAUUUGCGCACACAUACUGGAGAGAAACCUUAUAAGUGUAAAAUUUGCCUAAAGACAUUUAUUACCUCAAGUCAUUUAAAACAGCAUUUGCAAACACAUACUGGGGAAAAACAUUGCAGGUGUGAAAUUUGUUUUAAAAAGUUUUUUACAAAAGAGAAUUUGAAAAAUCAUUUAAGAACGCACACUGGAGAAAAACCGCACAAGUGUGAAAUUUGUUUUAAGCAGUUUACUCAAAAAGGUGCUUUAACUGUUCACAUGAUUGUUCACACUGGAGAAAAAGAUUUUAAGUGUGAAAUCUGCUUUAAGAAAUUUAUUAAUUCGAGUAAUUUAAAAACGCAUUUACGAAGUCACACUGGGGAAAAACCUUACAAGUGUGAAAUUUGUCUUGAGAAGUUUUCCCAGCAAAGCCAUGUGAUACAGCAUCUGAAAGUACACACUGGAGAAAAAGAUUACGAGUGUGAAAUCUGCUUUAAGAAAUUUACUGCAGCAACUGGUUUGAAAACGCAUUUGCGAACACAUACUGGGGAAAAACCUUACAAGUGUGAUAUUUGCUUAAAGACCUUUACUGUAGCAGGCCAUUUAAAAACCCAUUUGCGAGUACAUACUAGAGAAAAACCUUACAAGUGUGAAAUUUGUCAUAGGGAAUUUUCUCAGCAAAGCCACUUGACAACGCAUAAGAAAGUACACACUGGAGAAAAAACUUACAAGUGUGAAAUUUGUCACAGGCAAUUUUCUCAGCAAGGCGUCUUGAGAACGCAUAAGAAAGUGCACACUGGGGAAAAACCUUAUAAGUGUGAAAUUUGUCAUAGGCAAUUUUCUCAGCAAGGCAACUUGAGAACACAUAAGAAGUGUGAAAGGACACCGCGCACAUCUUAUAUCUGCUGAUAAGCCAGUCCAUUGACGAAGGUUUUGGAGCCGUGAAUAUUUCUUCCUACCAAUUCCUCUUUUUUCCGACGAUCUUUUCGUUGAGUAUUAACCCUAGGAUGCAAAACAUGAGUCUAAGAGACUAAGGCGUACAUUUACAUCUUCGUAAAAUGUGGUUAAAGCCAUUUUGAUCAUUGUCUAUUUAUGAAUUCGUUUUUGACAUAUAUGACUGUUACUAUAUAAAAAUUUAAAUAGUAUUCAUAAAAAAAUAAUAAUUUCCGUUCAUACUCCUAUAAUGCAUACAAUGAGUCCGGGAGACACUUAUCGACUUAAUGUUCAAAGGUUAGAUAGAUAGAUAGACAGAUAGAUAUUUAUUCAUUUAAAUAGGUUACCCUAAUAUACAAUAAAUGUAGAGAAUAGAUAUUACAAAUCAUUUACAAAAAUCAAAUAUAACUAAGCAACAUCAAAUGAAAUUAAACAAACUUUAAAUAAAUUUACAACAUAUAAUACCAUACAAUACCCACCCAUAAAAUUAACAUAAUAAAGUAUUACAUCACUUGUUUCUAAUAUACAGCUUAAGUUUGGUUUUAAAAGAUUUUAGUGACAUUGUAUUUUUUAAUUCACCUGGUAGAGCGUUAAACUCAUUAAAACCCCUGAAUACUAAUGAAUUCAUCGUCAUUCUAUAAUUUGUUUUUGCUAUGUAAAUAUUCCCCAUAUUGCUUGUAGAAUAAUCAUGCACAUUUUUAUUGUACACUAUAAACUGCUUAAAGUAAUCUGGAGCUACAUUAUUAAGUAUUUUAUAAACCAAAAUCAUUGUAUAAUAAUACAGUUUCUCUUCAAUUGUGAACCAACUUAAAGCCUGUAGCAUAUAUGAUACAGGUGUAAGUCGAUUUGUUUUCAAUAUAAUUCUCAUGCCACGAUUUUGUAGUUUUUGUAGUUGAUUGAGUUUAUUUAAAUUAAACAUAUACAAUAUAGUUGCGCAGUACUCAAAAUGUGGCUGAAUAAUUGAAUUAAAAACUAAUUUUAGCUUGAGUCGAUAUAUUUUGUGAUAUUCGGCUAAAAAAAUAUAGUUUUUUCGUUAUUUUACGGACAAUAUAAUCAAAAUGAUGAUCAAAAUUCAAACAACUGUCAAUUUGAAACCCCAAAUAUUUAACACAUCUUACAAUAUCAAUCUUUUCAUUUUUUACUUGUAGCAGAAUGUUAUCCGUAUUUAAUUGACUAUAUUUGUAUUUUGUUGUAAAGAUCAUUGCUUUAGUUUUGGAAAUAUUUAAUUUUAAUUUAUUUGAUGCCAAGUAUUUAGCCAUUUUUUCUAAUGUAUUGUUCAUUUUUUGAAUCGCUACUUCAAGGUUAGUAUCACUACAAGCUACAAAAGUAUCAUCCGCAAAAAGAUUAAUAAAUUCACUUUCUACAUAUAGGUCUAUGUCAUUUAGAUACAAUAUAAAUAAGAGAGGCCCCAAUACGCUGCCUUGUGGUACCCCAACAUUGAUAUAAUGUUCAGAGGAUAAUGCCCCAUCAAAACGUACUAUCUGCUUCCUAUCACUAAGAUAAUCACUUAGCCAUUUGUGUACUUUACCUACAAACCCAUAAUUUUGUAGUUUUGUUAGGAGUAUUUGGCGAUCAAUGGUUUCAAAGGCUCUUUUAAAAUCAAGAAAAACACCUACUAUGUAUCGGUUUUUAUCAAUAUCGUUUUUAAGUUUACAGAGAGUCAAUUGUAAAGCUGACUUACAUGAAUGUUUCUGUCGAAAACCGGACUGAUUAUUUAUUAAAAUUGAAUUUUUUCCUACGUGUUCUAGUAGUUGGUCAUAAACUGCUAUCUCUAAUAUUUUUUCAAUUGGGGGUAAUGUGUUAAUGGGCCUAAAUUCACUAGCUUUAUUUGUAUUCAAAAUCUUCUGAAUAGGAACAAUUGUACUCACUUUCAAAAGUGUAGGAAUUCUACCUGUCAUUAGAGAAGUGUUUAUAAAAUUCAGUAUAACGUGACCAAUCGAUUCAAAAAUUUCCCUCACCAUCCUUGAAUUUAAUAUUUCAUGUAUGGAGAACUUGUUGUCCAUACUAUACUAUUUUACGUAAGUCUAACAUUGACAGUGGUUUAAAUUCACUCAAAUUUAAAUAUAAAUUAUUAUUGGUAUUGGUCCAGAAAUUUAUUGAAUCAAUAUUUUUGACAAUAUUUGUUAUACUCCUGACAAAAUAUUUGUUAAAAUUUUCUGCAAUCUCCAAACGUUCUCUUAAUACAUUAUGCUCCGCAUCUAUAUCAAAACAUAUACAGCUAUAUCAAAGUUGUUAACAUUAAUUAAAUUUUUUAAUAUUUUCCACAUUUUGUUUGGAUCAUUUUUAAACCUAUUAAUUUUCUCCAGAUAAUACUUAUCUUUUUUAGCUUUUAAUAAAUUAACGACAUGGUUUCUAUGAGUUUUAAACAAUGACCAUUUAUUUUGUUUCUCAUUUUCCCGGCAAUUUUUGAACUCCUUAUAUGUUUUAUCACGAAUUCUAAUUUGAUUAAACACCUCAUUAUCAAACCAUGGUAUAUUUGAUUUAUAUUUACACGAUUGAAUAGGCGCAGUAUUAUUAAUUUCUUUUUCGCAAUUAGUUAUAAUUUCAUGAAAGAUAGUGUCAAUAUUUGUUGUAUUUAAGUUCCAAUUAACCAUCAUUAAGUUAGUUUUAAUAGUGUUUAAAUUGUUUUCAUUUAUAUUUCUAUAUUUUUUUAUGAUACUGUCAGUAGCUGUUGUAUUAAAUAAAUUGAAAGAAAUAAUAGAAUGGUCAGUUACUUUUGGACAAUCAUGCACAUUUACUGAAAUAUUAUUUUGGUUUGUUAAAACAAAGUCGACUAAUGUUUUACUGGUUUCGGUAAUGCGAGUUGGUUUUGUUACAAGCUGAUUUAAGCCAUAUAUUGAAACUAGAUUUUUAAACUUUAUAGUAUAAAAACUAUCACUAAGAAAAUCAAGAUUAAAAUCACCUACUAAUACACACUUAUUAUUCCUAGACAAUACACUAUCGCAUAUUUCUUCAAAAUCUUCCAAAAAUUUCGCAUCUGAACUUGACGGCGAGUGGUAAAGACAUCCAACAAUCCAAGUGGUAGAAAUUAAAUUUAUCCUUAUAAAUCUACACCAGUAAUUACCAUGUAAGACAAAUGACUUAACAUAAGAAAAUUCAUAAUUAUUCUGAAUAUAUAACAAUACACCACCAGUGUACCUACUAUUUGAAUCACAUCUAAUACAUUUAUAAUUUUCUAUCAUGAUCUCUUUAUCAUAUAUAUCUUGCGUGGUUCUUGCUUCACUUAACAAAAUUAAUUUUGGGUUAUAGUUUGCAAUGCUUGUUCUUAUUUGAUCAAUAUUUUUUAAAACGCUUUGUGCAUUUAAAUAUAUAAUAUCGGUAUUAAAAAGUAAAUUAGGGUCUGCAUUUAGUUUUUUUCAUCAAUUGAAGUUGAAUUGCUAACAGUAUUUGGUUUAUUAUUUAUAAAUUUAGGGACAAUGGUAGGCCUAUUGUUAAUAUAUUUAAUAGUUUUUGUUAAGUCACCUGCUCUAAUCAAUUCAUCAAGUUGAUUCUUUACAGUAAAAUAAUAAUCUCUUUGUCUUUUGGUUUGAUCAGCAAAAAUCUUGAUUCCAGGAAUGUUUAUUGAUGCUUUAUUUUUUAGGACCUUUAGGGCAUCUUCACUUGAUUGGAGGAUAACUUUGAUGGGACGAGUUUUUUUGUUAUCAAACUUACCCAACCUAAACAAUUUUAAAUUAUUUGAGUCCACUGGGAAGUCCUUCAAAAUGUUUGUUAUUGUUUCACUGUCUUCUUUAGUACGAUCUGCUUGAGUCGGUUUAUUCGAUUCAUUUAUGUUAAAGACAAUUAUAUUAGAUGUCCUAUUUUGUCGAUCCAUCACUUCAUAAAUAACAUCCUCUUCUUUUUCUGGAUUUACUAAGUUUGUUUGGAUUGAUUUAAACGAUUGAAUUUCCUUUUUUAAUUCAACAUUUUCCUGUUUUACUAACUCAACUUCAGACGACAAAUUUUUCAUAUCAUUAGUAAGCUUUUCAAGAUCUUGCUUCAACUUACUCAUUUCUAUCAAAAGUUUAGGAACCCUUUUAAUCGCCUCUCGACACUCCAUACAGUAAUAGGCCAGGGAUCUGUUUUGAAUAAUGACUGCACGAUAUUCAGAAGCCGCCAAUUUAGUACAGGUUUCUGUAGAAUGAACAGAUUCAAAACAGCUAUCACAGACAACUAAUUUUUCCUUUUCGCUGAAAGCAACAUCACAUGUUGCACAUUUUCCUUUGCUUGGCAUUUUUGCAACAGCGACCCCCUAUUCAAAAACAAAACUGUACACCACUGGAUUCUAAGGAACACUUUUAACAACAGCUGAUUUAAUAACUUCCUUCAACUUUUUUGUAUCUGAUAGAAAAAAAGUUAAUAAAAAGCUGAUAAAGCAAUUUGAAAUAUGGGUCCCAGAUAAGAAUAGCACUGGCUAAUGGGAUUUUAAUGCCUUCAACAAAUUAAAUUUGCUGUAAUUUGAUGAAAAACGUAUAUAAUUAGGUUAAAUCGUCAAUAUUUUCACUUUCUUUAAUUGGAAAAUUGUGUAAUACCCUUCAAGAAAUAAUUUGAUACCACUUUCAAUUUAGAAAACCCACUAUUUCACCACUAAUUUGACUUUCUUUCAGGAGCACUUGAUGUGUUACUCUCUAUAGUUAGUAGUACAUUUAUAGUCUCCUUGAGUUAUAGUCCUUGAUUUAUAGUCUCCUUUAUAGUUUGUUGAGAAUGACCGCGCUCCUUCGGUACUAUUCCAUUACGCAUAUUUAUCUAUUGCCUGAAAUCUGAAAUGGUUGGAGACAUAAUAAUAUGUACCAAUAGAGAAACCAACCAAGUAUUGGAGGCCAAGGGAAAGGUAUGGCCAAAAAUUGAAGAGGACGAAAUAAACGCAUUUUUUGGCCUACUGCUACUGGCUGGUGUCGAGCAGAAGUAGGAUACCCCUGUCAGAGAGUUGUUCUUAGAUAAAUCAUCAAACCCACUGAAUAAAGCUACAACGGCAGUAAAUUGUUUUGAAAAUAUAAGACGAUUCAUCCGAUUUGACGACCCAUGAACGCGUUCAACUAGGUUGGAAACUGACAAAUUUACUUAUGUCCGAUAUGUAUGGGAGUUGUUUGUGAAACAGUGCCGAACAGUCAUGGUACCAGAAUUGAAUGUAACCAUUGACGAACAGUUGCUUGCAUUUAGAGGUUGGAAUUUUAUUCAAUACAUGCCAUCGAAACCUGCAAAAUACGGCAUUAAAUUUUUUUGGCUUUGUGAAAGUGAAACAAGAUAUAUGCAGUUGAUGGGCCAAUAUACUUAGGUCGUCAACCUGGUGAAAAUAUUCAACAAAAUGUAGAAGAAAGUGUUGUAAGGUCCUUGGCCGCUUCCAUAAACAAUUCUGGUCGCAGCUUGGCAAUUGACAAGUUUUUUACUGGAAUCCAUUUAGCACAACAUUUUUACUGUCUAUAGGAAUAACUUGUGUUGGGACAUUACUACAUUACGAACAAAUAAGAAAGAGAUUUCCUACGAAUUUCAAGCUUCAAAAGAAAGAUGCGUUUUUCCUAUAUUUUUGGAUUCAAUAAUAAUUUGACUUUGGUAAGUUACGUGCCAAAAAAUAAAGCUGUUAUUAGGUAAAUGCAACAUGAUCAAUCUUCAGAUAUUAGUAGUCCAGCAAAGAAGCCCGAAACUGUCAAAUUUUACAAAAACAAAAAAAAAUUAAACAAAACAAAAGGUGGGGUUGAUCAAAUGGACCGAAUUAUACAUUACCGUUUGGUACAACAUUAUGGUUGUAGCAAUUCUUAACGCGUUUCUCCUUUAUACAAAUCAAGAUCAAAAUUUUGCUGCAUCAGGAAAAACAAAUAAAAGAAGAUACUUUCUCAAAGAUUUAGUAAAUGACUUAGUUUUACCAUUUAUAAAAAGAAGGGCUGGAAACUCUAAACUUACAAAAACCAUCCGAAGACAUAUGGGUAAUUUUAUCGAGUUGCCUCAAGAAAAUUUAGGGAUAGAUUUGGCUUAUAGAAAAUAAAAGGAGAUGUUCCGAGUGCCCUUUACACAUUGUAAGAAUGAGCACACAAAUUUGUCAGAAGAGUAAGUGUCCAAUUUGCAAAGAACACAGUGUUUUAAUAUGCAAGAAUUGGUUUGUGUAGUUUCUUACCAGGUAUUUAUUAUUUAAAUAGAAUAGAAAAAGACUGUUUAUUAUUUGUUUAUGACAUAUAUUUAUGUCUAAAAUAUUAUAUACUUAUAAAUAAAGAAAUAUUAAAUAAAUAUUAGACAACUAUUAAAGAACAUAUCUGCUUUAGUACUUUAUUUACAUAGCGAGACUCAUGUUAUCCCAUAACGUAGAAAUAUUUGCUUAUGCAUCCUAGGGUUAACUGCAGUAUCCAGUAUCUGCUACCUCUCAUUAUAAGCUCGAGAUAUUCAAGUUUUCUCUUUUUUAUCAUCUUGAUUAAGUCACCUCCGCCUUGACCUACUCUAUUUAGGACUUCUCUGUUUGAAAUGCGUUGAACCCAAGAUAGUCUGAGCAUUCGACGAUAUGACCACAUCUCGAAGACUUCCAACUUGUUCAUCAUCUCGAGUUGCCUCAAGAAAAUUUAGGGAUAGAUUUGGCUUAUAGAAAAUAAAAGGAGAUGUUCCGAGUGCCCUUUACACAUUGUAAGAAUGAGCACACAAAUUUGUCAGAAGAGUAAGUGUCCAAUUUGCAAAGAACACAGUGUUUUAAUAUGCAAGAAUUGGUUUGUGUAGUUUCUUACCAGGUAUUUAUUAUUUGUUUAUGACAUAUAUUUAUGUCUAAAAUAUUAUAUAAUUAUAAAUAAAGAAAUAUUAAAUAAAUAUUAGACAACUAUUAAAGAAAA